AUGCCUGACACACCUGCCGAUGUCACAUCUGAAAUGCCUGACACACCUACCGAUGUCACAUCUGAAAUGCCUGACACAUCUGCCGAUGUCACAUCUGAAAUGCCUGACACACCUACCGAUGCUGAUCUGAUGACACACCUGCGUAAUGUCACAUCUGAAAUUAAUGACACACCUGCUGAUGAUGAAGCUUUUGCUGAAUAUGUGCAUCCAGUAGGUCCACCAGUGAUGGCCUCCAGUGACGAUGCAUCUUCAGGCGCAGGACAAUCACCUGGCACAGGUGACAAGGAUGGACAACUAGAUCACAAUACAACACCAAUAAAUCUUGGGAUAACCUCAAGUCAAGUGAAUGUGAAUUUUCAAGGAGGAAACAGAGACUGCAGUGAUGUCCCGUUGUCUAGCAACAGACAGUCACAAACUGGAGAAGAACUUUAUGUGAACCCUUCAUUAAAUGUUAGUAGUGAUGAUAAGACCACACAAACUGAUGAUGGCCAGUUGGCAACCAACAGGCAGAAUAACAUAACUGCAGAACAUCUAAACCUGAACACUCAACAACAUGUGAGUAGUGAUGGUAAGGAUACACAGACUGGUGAUGAACUGUUGCUUGGCAACAGAAAGUCUGACACAAAGGUAGAAGUUCUUGAUGUAGCCACUCCACUAAAUGUGAGUAAUGAUGAAAAGGAUACACAGACUGGUGAUGACCAGUUGCCUGGCAACAGACUGACCAACACAACUGAAGAUCUUGAUGUGGCCAGUCCAAGAGAACUAAUUGUGUGUAGUGACGAAAAGACCACACAAACUAGUGAUGACUUUCUUGGAAACAGACAAAUCAACACAACUGUAGAUCUUGAUGUGGCCACUCCACUAAAUGUGAGUAGUGAUGAAAAGACCACACAAACCAGUGAUGACCAGUUGCCGGGCAACAGACAAAUAAACACAACUGAAAAUCUUGCUGUGACCACACCGUGUGAACUAAUUGUGUGUAAUGAUGAUAAGACCACACAAACCAGUGAUGACCAGUUGCCUGGCAACAGAAAGUCUGACACAAAGGUAGACGAUCUUGAUGUGACCACUUCACUAAAUGUGAUUAGUGAUGAAAAGACAACACAAACCGGUGAUGACCAGUUCCCAAGCAACAGACAAAACAACACAACUGAAAAUCUGGCUGUGACCACACCGCGUGAACUAAUUAUGUGUAAUGAUGACAAGACGAUACAAACCAGUGAUGACCAGUUGCCUGGCAACAGAAAGUCUUACACAAAGGUAGGCAAUCUUGAUGUGACCACUCCACUAAAUGUGAUUAGUGAUGAAAAGACAACACAAACCAGUGAUGACCAGUUGCCUAGCAACAGACAAAACAACACAACUGAAAAUCUUGCUGUGACCACACCGUGUGAACUAAUUGUGUGUAAUGAUAAUAAGACCACCCAAACCAGUGAUGAACAUUUGCUUGGCAAUGGAAAGUCUGACACAAAUGCUGAAGAUUUGACUUUGCCACUUAAUAUAAAUAGUCAUGAAAAGACCACACAAACCGGUGAUGACGUGUUGCCAGUCAAUAUACAGACCAACACAGCUGUAGAAGAUCUAAAUCUGACAACUGAAAGUGAACUAAAUGUUAGUGGCGAUGAAAAGACUACACCAGAUGAUUACCUUCAGUCACACCCUGGAACAGAAAGCAAAUCCAUUGGGGUUGAUACCAUGAAUUUGAAAAACCAAGAGGAAGAAUCAGAUAGACAAACAAGCUCAAAAGAUCCUGGUGGUUCAGUCUCAGUGGCUUUGGAUGUGAGCAAGAAGGACGUACAAACAAGCACAGCAGAUCCUGGUGGUUCAGUCUCAGUGGAAUUCGAUGUGAGUAUGAAGGAUGGACAAACAAGCACAGCAGAUCCUGGUGGUUCAGUCUCAGUGGAAUUGGAUGUGAACAAGAAGGACGUACAAACAAGCACAGCAGAUCCUGGUGGUUCAGUCUCAGUGGAAUUGGAUGUGAACAAGAAGGACAUACAAACAAGCACAGCAGAUCCUGGUGGUUCAGUCUCAGUGGAAUUGGAUGUGAGCAAGAAGGACGUACAAACAAGCACAGCAGAUCCUGGUGGUUCAGUCUCAGUGGAAUUGGAUGUGAGCAGAUCCUGGUGGCACCAGAAUGAGCAAGAAGGGAGAGACCUUUGA